UAAAGAAACGCCAUCGUUCAUAUUUAAUUAUUAACCGAAUAUUAAUCAAUAAAAUUUAUUCACUGACGUGGACCAACGUUUUCCUUCUGAUAAAGUCGUAGGAAAUAUUUCCUGUAGCAAUGUGAUUUGUAUGCAAUAAACAAGCAUUCAGAAAACAUUCGAAAAAUAAUUAAUUAAUUUAUUAAUUAAAAUAAGUACAGAUUCUUCUGAAGUAUUUUUGAUAUAUCGAGGUCCAAUGAGGAACACAAUCAACACGUGGUUCACGCAAAAAAUUAUUCCGUUAACAAUAUGUCCGAAAAUGGUGACGAGAUUUUGCACUACAAGAAACGUUUGAUUCAUCUACAUGACGUUUCAAGGGAUGCUGAAAGACCACCACCAAUCAUGACAGAAGAAGUUUCAGAAACGAAAGUAACCACUAAAAGAAAUCUGGACUCAAUUUCUGAUGAGGAAGAUGAAUUAGGAUCAUCUCCCAAAGGAAAAAAUGGUAAAACACCAAGAAAGAAGAGAAAGAGUCAAAAGCACUUUCGUCAUCAAAGUAUGGAGUUUUACAAGUUAGGAAACUCAGACAAUUCCACUUCGCUUUGUAAAAGUAAAGAUUCCUACAAGGUUUCACAGGAGAAAUUCUUAAAAUCCGCAAGCGAAAAUAGCAAAACAAAAAAUGUACCAAAGCAGAAGUUGACGGAAGAUAUCUUGCAAACUUUAGGAAACUCCCCUCCAUCUGUAAAACAUCCAAAUUUGCCUCAAGUUAUUACAAGACAAUCUUCAAGAACCAAUGUUGGAAAUAAAGUGGAUGAGAGUACCCAUGUUUCCAAACCAGUAAGAAUAGAGAACAAUUUACUUGAAGAGGCCAAAAAAAAUUUAAACAAUUUAAAAAGAAAUCUUUGUAUUGGUGAAGGUAUGACAUUACAUAUUAGUAAAAAAAUACCACUAAUACCACCCAAGGAGACACCUCAAAUAACUGAAGAAUCAAAAAAUAAUGGAAACAAUGUAAAUGUAAAUAUUGUUUCGGGGAAAAUACCUGAACAAAAUAUACCAAAUGAGAAUACAACAAAUAACAGAAAUACUGGUAAUAUUAUCAUCAAUGGUAAUAUCAAACUUAAUACUAUACACAUUCCCCAACAAACAAAUUAUGCUCAAAUAAAUGAAGACGUUCCAUUGAACCUAUCAAAGCCGAAUAAAGACCAAACACCGAAUCAAUCUACGAAUCAAAAACCGAGACGGGAAUCAAUCCACAAACCAAACCCUGUUGGACCGCCAAAUUACCAGGAAACGUUGCACCUACAGGCGUUACAAUACCAAAACCAAAUGAUGUACCAACGCGUUAACUUCGUCCAGCCGAAACCACUGUUUAUACCGAGAACUGUCACGAACCAAUUGCGAAGACUUGUCCCACCUCAACAACCAAAGGUGCCGCAAGAAAAGCGCAGCAGAGGUCGCCCGAGAAAACUUUCACCAUUGGUUGUCCAAAAACCUGGCACCCUAAAUUACCGACCUGUUAAUGAAUAUCCGGUGGGGUUGUUGACUCCACCCGAAACACCUGUUAACAGGCAAUUCCCGAACGGUUACGAUCUGCCGCAGAAAAGAUACGUGGUGGACAAUGAGUAUCAGAUUAGAUUUCCCAACAACUUUGUGCAGACUUCGAGAGAAAACCAAUCCAAUUUUGCCCAGCAUCAACCAAAACCCUCCACAAGCACCGAAGUGGCUUCACCUCCAAAGGAAAGACCAGAGGACCCUAUUGGGCCUGUAAGGUACAUAACGUCUGACACAAUAUCGAGAAUGAAAUCUUUAUUCUGCACUCUAAACGAGAAUGAGGAUCUAAACGAAACUUUGGAAAGCCUUAACGAGCAGGUUAUUAAUUCCUACAAAGCUAUGUUUCUCGAUAUGUGCCGGGAUAAAUUCGUGAAGCAGUUGCUGGAGAAGUGCGAUCAAAUAUUCAAAAGAUUCGUCUGCAACUUGCUCUCCAAAAGCACCAAAUGCAAGAAGAGUUUGGGGAGCUGGAACGUCAUCGGUACAAUACAAAUAAAAUCGUUGAACAAAGAGGCCAAUACGAACAAAGAAAAUAUCAAAGAUAGUUGCGUGAAGGACCCGUACUAUUUAGGUAAACAUUUUAGGAUAAACAUAACCAACAUCCAAUCACGCGACGAUGUGGUUUUGGACAACGAAGCCCAAGGACCUUCGAUCAUAUUGAUGCUGGACAGGUACGGAAACUACGUCAAAACCAUAUACCCAGAGGAGCAAAACUUCGAGCAAAUCACGAACUUCGAACUGCUCGUGGUAGAUACCAGUAUAGCGAAGAACAAAUCCAAAUCAAAAGAAACCUCAAGCGCUUCGGAAACUGAAGAACAUCACGACAGAACCCGGAGUAGUUUGUUCGAGUCGUAUCAGCAAUUUAUACAACAAAAUAAGGACAUAAACUUCGGCGGGUUCGAUACGAAAAUAAACGAAUACUGCGACAAAAAAAUAAGCGACAUGGAGUUGCUGGAAAAAAUCCAGUCCACCCUCAAAACGAUGCCGACAGAGGAUCAGAUUAGAAUAUACAACUCCCUGCAAAGUAAAAAUGCCAACGGAAAGUUUGUGGAACUGAUAGAUAUCCCCAAUGAACACAAACUACUUCAUUCCAAAGAGGCUUUAAGAACCUUGCGUUUGGAGUCCGUGGACUCUGGCAUCGUAUCAAGUACAACAGUUAAAUCUGACGGGAUAGAGGAAAUAUCUGAUACGGAGAGCGUACCAAGUGUUUUCGUUAAGAGCAUGUUGGAGAUGAAGGACGAUAACAUCAGAAGUAAAUCAGUAGAAACCAUAAGCAGUACAAACAGCGAGGUGGAAUAUAGAAUCAACAAAAACAACAAAGCGUUCUACAAGCGACUCCCGAAAGGGAAGCUCUGCUACGUCAGGGAACAGAACGCCCUAUUCCGAUACUUCGACGAGGCCCAGAUAAACUUGUUCAUCGAGAACCUGCACAGCUCCAACAAAAGGUAUUUAAGCGACAUCUAUCGGCAGUGCUACGAUCACAAAACGGAUCAUCACAAGGAAGUCAUCAAGCUACCGAACGAAGUGCACUUCAGCAACAAGGAGACGCUGGACGACGCUGAGGAGUACGUCAAAGAAUACAACACGGUGCAGAAAAACGUGCCCCAGGAUUUUUUCUGGUACUACAAGUAUGUGACGGGGUACCAGAUUUACAAAGGGAACAUUCCCAUCUCGUUUCAGACGUUCUUGGCGAUGCACAACACGAAUGGCUUGAAGUUGCUGUUCAAUAGUUAUUUAGAGAAUUUGAAAAGACAGUUUAAACCGGGUGUACCGGACUAAGUUUUUGUGUUACUCGUCUAAUUUUUGUAAAUACUGUACAGUAUCGUUUUUUACUUUUUUAAUAAAAAU